AUGGCACUCCCCUCCUUCGAGGCCCAGAUCUCCAAGGCCCUCGCGGACAACACCAUCCCGGGCGCCGUCCUCCUGGCCAAGUCCAAGGACGCCAAGGUCAACUACGCCCAGAACUUCGGCCCGUGGGACGAGACCACCGUCUUCCGGCUCACCUCCAUGACCAAGCUGGUAACCUCCGUCGCCGUGGCCAAGGCCAUCGAACAGGGCCUCGUCGCUCUCGACGCAGACGUCGCCGCCCACCUGCCCACUCUGGCCGCGCAGCCCAUCCUGGCCGGGUUCUCGGAGGCGACGGGCGAGCCCCUCCUCAGGAGGCGCGAGAGGCCCAUCACCCUCAGGCACCUCAUGACACACAGCUACGGCCAGGCCUACACGUUCCUAGACCCGGAGCUCACGGGCCGCUACGUCCAGUCGGCCGGCCGGGACCCGGCGCUCAACUCCAUCCUGGGCCAGAGCAGCGUCGACGACACGUUCGCCUACCCGCUCGUCGCCGAGCCGGGCGAGGGCUUCGCAUAUGGGCCGGGGAUGGACUGGGCCGGCCGCCUCGUCGAGGUCGUCGCUGGCGUGUCGCUCGAGGAGUACAUGCGGGCUCACAUCUUUGCCCCGCUGGGCGUGGUCGGGGGCAUCACGUUCUUUCCCGCGCGGAACCACCCGCAAUACCGGCAGAAGAGGGCGGCGCUGUCGAUCAGGGACGGCGGGACGGGAAAAGCGGUCCCCGCGCCGGCAGGGGCGGCCGGCGUCGACCCCGCCGGGGUGGAGCACUGCAUGGGCGGCGCGGGGCUGUUCGCGGACAUGGCCAGCUACCUCAAGGUCCUGGAGAGCAUCCUGGCCGACGACGAGAGGCUGCUGAAGAGGGAGACGGCUAGGCUGCUGUUCGAGCCGCUGCUCAGCGAUGAUGGCAAGGACCGAGCCGCGCUGGUGGAUAUUUUUCGGAACCCUGACUUCGUCGUUGGCUGGACGCCCCAGCCUGCUGAGGGAUACUCGUGGAGCCUGGCGGGCCUGGUCACGCCCGGCGGGAAUGCGCACCGGAGGAAGGGGUUCUUGCAGUGGAGCGGGGCGUACAACUUGUCUUGGUUUAUGGACCGCGAGGCUGGAUUGACGGCCCUGUUCGCUACAAGCUUCUUGCCGCCUGGUGACGCGCAGAUAGAGGAGCUGAUGAAGGCAUAUGAGCUGGGUCUGUACGAGCAACUGGGGUCAUAG